UAUAUUUUUUCUAAUCACGAUUUCAAAGAUUAGCUAACUUAAAUCAGUCUAUCAGUCAUUAUAUCCGAAGACUCAUUGUCCGCUAUAUCUGAUUUCCCCACCUUCCUCCAUGCUCUGCUGCUCUGUGAAUUGUCUUUUUUUUCUCCAACAGGUAGAAUUGAAUAAGGUUAUCAUGCUAAAAAUAAACAGCAUGAAGACGUUCAAACUGCCUUAAUAUACAAUUUCCAAUCAAUUAAAUUCCUAUGGUCAUAGAGACAUAAUGGCGCCAAUUUGGCAGCAAACGACGUCUGGCGAAGCGCAGCAGCGCUCAGUGAACGCAGGUUUGGGUCUCGCGCCUUUAUCUCGCGCUUGUGGGCGCGAGCGGCAGACGUUACGGGAAAUUCUCAGUGCGGCCAAACAACAACAGAACCGCAUAUGCAAAAAAUAAAGCAGUAAUUCAGUAACCCAACAAGGAAAAUCCGACAUGAAAUUACUAUGGUUUGGGCCAGCUGUGCUCGGUCUGUGUAUCGCUUGCGCAGGAAGACUCGUUUGCACCAACAGCUGGGCGGCGCAUUUCAACGGCACCCCCGAGCACAUCCAGAGGUUCGCAGGAAAGCUGGGAUUUCACAGUCUGGGGAAGGAUCCAGAGACCAGCUACAACAUGAGCAGCAAUGAUCCCAACCCAGAACCUAGAUACACGCCAAUGAAAGUAAACCGGCAUGUUGGGGGAGUGACCUCAUUGGCCAGUAACAGAGUAUGUGGAGUGGGCGUGGCAUAUCAGGCUACAAAUGGUGGAAUCCAGGUGCUUGACAGUCACGUGACUGACUUAGCAAAGGCCAAGUCUCCCAUCUUCAACCAGCAGCACACUGAUAUCUGCAGUGCCAGCUGGGGGCCCGAAGAUAAGGGAGGAAUAGUGAAGGGGCCAAGCACCCUGGCCAACGAGGUGUUAAUGCGGGGAGCAAGCAGGGUAUUAUGCAUUUCAGCUGCCAUGCUGUUACGGGGUUUGCCUCUGAAUGUCCAUGGUGAUUUGGGUUCCAUUUACGUCUGGGGCUGUGGCAACAGUGGCACAAGCCGCGGUAACUGCAACCUCGGCUGCUACACCAGCAGCAUACACAUGCUGUCUGUCAGCAGCACCACGGAGAGCGGGAAAUCGCCCUUCUAUAUCGAGCUGUGUGCUGCCUUUCUAACCGCCGCCUACAGUGGGAGCAGCCUGCAUCACCGCACAGUCGUUGGCACUUCAGCAUCUGCCCGUCUGGUUGCCUGGAUCACCGCACUGGUUUUAGAGGCAAACCCUGCACUAACCUGGCGUGACGUGCAGCAUACAACAAUCCAGCCUUCUAGACCUUCACACCUCAGAUCAGAUGACUGGCAAACAAAUGGUGUUGGUAGACCUGGAAUUUUGUCUAAAUUCCAACUAGAGCUAUAUGGGACAAAGGAGUGCAUGAAAGCACGCCGAGUGGAGCGGACACCUGUUUGGAAGUGUUUGAUUCUCAGCUCUAAUGGCAGCUGUACCGAGUGCACCUACCCCUUGUACUUAUUUGAGAACGCCUGCUUGCCCUCCUGCCCGCCUCAUUAUUACGAGUGGGGUAACAGCACCCAGUCGCCACGACGCUGCCAGUCGUGCCAUCAUUCUUGCCAUACAUGCUUUGGUCAUCGGAAAACUAAUUGCCUGGACUGUCCACCAUUCUCCACGCUGGACCCUCGGCUGAGUACAUGCAGCACUCCUGCCUACCCCUGGGACCACCAGACUGAGUAUCCACUGGACAUACCAAGCAAGAUGGGCAACGCUGCCACAGCGCAGCAGCGGAGUGUGAAGAUGAGGCGGCUGAGAAGGUCUGGACAGUCGGGGGUUUCCAGAGGAAGGUAGAAGUAGAGAGCAUAUAGAAUCCAAGGGAGGAGCAGGAGAGCAGCUAACGUUGAGCACAGAGCCGGAAUGCGACCACUCGGACAACACUGACGGCAGCAGCAACACCGCCUCCUGUCCGCAGCCCCUGACAAGGCUCCAGACUCCAGACGUCCCUGGGAGUCCCACAUGACCAACUCAAUACACUCUGGUGGGCUCCGCAUCAGUGGGCUUCCCUCAUCGACAGUUGAAUCGAUAUUGCUGCAUUCCAGUGGGCUCAUGCUCUGCGUUUCCCUGCUGAUGAGGUCGUCACCCUGGACAGCUUGCAGUGGGAACGUGUCUCCAUUUUCACUGGAGCCUUCUAUUGUGUGAGUGUCAUUUGCCAGUAUGUGCUCUUUUUCACUGACACAAUAUCCUGAUUGCUCUGUGACACUUUCAUGCGAUUGAAUAUAGCAAGAAUUACUUCCUAAAGAUAAAGGGGGGGGGGGAGAAAUAAUUCUGAUUUAUUACAGUUCACAAUGUUUUCCAAUCAUAAUCAACGGUCAACAAAAAGAACACUUCUGUAAUGUUAUGAGCAUUUAUUGUAAAUGUAUAAAUAAAUGGCUUACGGUCAAGCUCAUCUUCUGCUGUGGAGGGCCCCAGUGAAUGCUGGGAACCAGGGACAGAGUCAAAGGGAGACUGCAGCUCCUCCACCGAGGAUUCGGGGCUAUCUGACACUGGGGCCAGGGAAAUCUGGGUGUCCAGAUCCAGGAAGGGGGAGAAGGACAGACGCGCAGGGUCAAUGUCCUGUAGCUGGUUGAUGAUGUCACUGAUGGACUCUUUAACGCUGUCGAACUCCUUUGUGUCACGGCGGUUGGUGGCGAGAUGCCCUGCCGAUGUCAUUGUUAGAAAACCUAGAACAUGAUAACAUGACUAAGUAGUUGUAACUUUGUUGUAACAUGGGGUUUGCACAAUGUCAGUGCACAGUGCACUGAAGCCGUCACAUUCACGGUGCAGAAUAUCGAUACUUGUACAACGUGGACAUGACAAUGACUUAGAUUUCAGUGUUAGUCAAGUUCCAAACUAAAGCACGAGAAAAAGAUUGUAGGAACUAUGCAAUGUACGGCAAUUCAGCUUCAAUCGAU